ACUCCUUUCUACGGGUCAAAAGGAAAACUUUCCCUCACCUGUGUCCCUCACUUUCCCCUCACUGGGUAGUCGAAACCCAAACCAGAAAGUAAACCCUAGUUAUCUUUUCUCUCCGAUCCUCUCUCUUCCUCCCUUCCUCCCUCUCUGUGUGUGAUUCAAUCUAAUCCAUGGCGAAGAAGCGAAAGUUCCAAUCCAAACCCGAACCAGAUCCAUCGAAAAACGUAGAAGAAGAAGAACAGCAGCAACAACCAGAGCAAGAAGAACAAGCUUCAUACGAAGUCGAUAAAGAAGAAGAAGUAGACACAGGAAAUGCAGAGGUCCCAGAAGAAGGUGAAGAAAAAGAAAACGAAGAAGCAGAGACGAAGCAAAAUGCUCAAGGAACCUCAAUCCCCAUAUCAUCGAUGGCAAAUACGACCGUGGAUGAUGAUGACAUAGCCGAAGAACCUGUUGAGAAGCUAUUAGAACCGUUCAACAAGGAACAACUGAUGGAUCUUCUUCGUGAGGCUGCUGAAACUCAUCCUGAUUUGUUGGAUAGAAUCCGCAACCAAGCGGCUGUAGAUCCUGUGCAUCGCAAGAUCUUUGUCCAUGGUCUUGGUUGGGACACCAAUGCGGAAAUCCUAAUCAAUGCUUUCAAGCAGUACGGUGAGAUCGAGGAUUGUAAUGCUGUUUGUGAUAAGAUUUCUGGGAAAUCUAAGGGUUAUGGGUUCAUACUCUUUAAGCAUCGCAGUGGGGCUCGUAGAGCCCUACAGAAGCCGCAGAAGAAGAUUGGGAAUCGGAUGACAUCUUGCCAGUUGGCCUCGGCUGGGCCGGUUCCGACAAUGCCACCAGCAGCGCCACCGUCUUCAGAGUAUACACAAAGGAAAAUCUUUGUCAGCAAUGUAUCGGCAGAUAUUGAUCCUCAGAAGCUGGUUACUUUCUUUGCUAAGUAUGGGGAGAUUGAGGAGGGACCGUUAGGGUUAGAUAAGCAGACAGGGAGGCCAAAGGGGUUUACACUGUUCGUUUACAAGUCGAUUGAGAGUGCGAAGAAGGCAUUGGAAGAUCCACACAAGAAUUUUGAAGGUCAUAUCUUGCACUGUCAGAAGGCAAUCGAUGGCCCGAAGCCAAACAAGCAAUACUACCAUCACCAUAACCAUAACCAUAACCAUAACCAACACCACCCUCAGCAUGGCUCACAUUAUCAGAGAAAUGAUAAUCCUAAUUUCACAGGGACUAUGGGGAACCAUGGGUCUGCGGCUACUCCGGGGCACAUGAUGGCACACAGCCCGGCUGGGGUGCCAUUCAACCAGGGAGCUACGCAGGCGUUGAACCCAGCACUGGGACAAGCGCUAACAGCGUUGCUUGCAACCCAGGGUGCUGGGUUGGGGCUGAAUAAUUUGCUUGGCACACUUGGGUCGACUGGGGUUGGGGCACCAGUGAACCAAACCAUGAGCAACACAAGCCAUGGAAUGCAGGGUGCAUAUGGGAGUCAGCCUGUUCCGAGUAAUAUCAACAAUGGUGUGAUGGGAGUUUACGGGAACCAGCCUGCUAUGCAAAGUGGAUAUCAGAACGGGCAGGCCAAUGCUGGUAGACCAUGGUAGACCACUUCAGGGUGUGGGUCACAUGGAUGGAGUUGCUCCUUGCAUGGGUUAUUAGGUAAGGCACAGAUACUUCUAGGUCUAUCAACCUUUAAUUCAUGGUCUGGUGAUUCUUCUGAAGUUCCAGGAGCUCAUGAGUGAUGAAGUGUUGCUUUUUCAUUAAUAUAAAUACGGGACCUUAGGCUUUUGUUCAAUGGAGUGACAGUCUUCUGUUUUCCUCCAUUUUAUAUCUUUCAAUCUUCUUCAAAAUAUGUACUAUGUAGAAUUUCAAAAUUUACUUUCUUUUUAAGCUCUGGCAAAUCGUUGGGUCAUCGACUAUAUAACUUUAUCUAGUGUUUUUUGGAGUUUAGAAGUAUUAUAAUCGACAAAUCCAUAUUUUGGAUGGGCUUUGGAUUAUACUUGCAGGCAGGACAUAUACUGUUUUGAAUAUAAUUUUCUGAUACAUUUAUAACAAAUGUAAUGACAAGCUGUGGUUUCCAGACUUGAA